CAAAACUGUUUAAGUCAUGGGGGUCAUGUGAUAUCUAGCAGUUCUGCCACCAAAUGAAGUGAACUGCAAUUCUUUCAAGGAAAGUCUUCUUUCAUACUACAGCGGCUAGGUGGUUUGUUGCAGCUCUGCUAAAAAUAACUAAUUUCCUCAUUUCACUCUGGAGUCACAACUUCACUUUUUCUUAUUUUUUAGCUGUGGGCUCAUUUGGAGCCAGUUUCUGUCUGUGAAUAUGCUGACCGACAACAUGUUACUGACCCUCUUCUUUGUUUCAGGUGCACUGGCUGAUUGUCUUCUCAAUCCAUCCCUAUUCAUUACUGCACCAAAGCAGAUGGAAGCACUGAGUGGAUCUUGUCUGAUAAUCCCAUGUAACUUUAGUGCUAAACAAGAUCAGGACUUCAUCAGCGUAAGAACAACCUUCGGAGUGUGGAUUAAAAGUGACUCCAGAUUUAAGAACAAUAGAAAUAAUGUUAUUUUCAACAGUAGUGGGACAGUUACCACCUAUCCAAUGAGUAUUACUGGAGACCUGAGUCAGAAAAACUGCACCACCUUGUUUUCCAGUUUAAUCACAAGUUACACUGACACAUACUACUUCAGAAUUGAGAACAUUGCAUUCAGGGCAACAGCUUCUUGUGAUCCUCUUCAAAUAACAGUUCAAGAUUCCCCCCCGAGCCCCAGAAUUGAGAUCCCAUAUGAUCUGAAGGAGAAGAAGUCUGUCACUAUAAGCUGCUCAGCUUCCACUCCCUGUCCACACUCCCCUCCUAAACUCACCUGGAAUCUCCAACAAGACCCUCCCAACAACAUAGAGGAGAACACAGAUCGGACCUUCACAACUAAAAUCCAGAAGACCAUCACUCUGUCAGACACACAUGAUGGAUUCACCAUCAGCUGUUCUGCCACAUAUCCCGUGAAUGAAGGAAGAGAAGUCAAGACAGCAGAGGAGAGAAAGACUCUCAAUGUUUCAUAUGCUCCCAAGAACACCUCAGUGUCCAUCAGUCCAUCAGGUUUGGUGUCAGCAGGUAGCUGGGUGAACCUGACCUGCUCCAGCAGAGCCAAGCCUCCCGCCAGCUUCAGCUGGUUCAAGAACAGCAAAGAUGGAGCCAUCAGAGUAGCUGAAGGAGACUUUUACAGCUUCAAUGUCACUGAUGUCACUGAUGGAGAUUAUUACUGUGUGGCCACAAAUGAUCUCGGUAAUCAGACAUCAUCAGAGAUCCAUGUGACCAAUGAAGACCCUCCCAAAGAUGUUAUGGUGGUCAUCAGUCCCACUGAUCCAGUGUCAGUUGGCAGCGUGGUGAACCUGACUUGCUCCUGCAGAGGAAACCCUCCUGUCGUCAACUUUGUCUGGUUCAUGAUCAGUGACGGCAGACUGGAACUGAUCAAAGCUGAUACACAGGUUUAUGGCUUUAAAGUGACCAACAGUGAUCGAGGCAGAGUGUAUUAUUGUGGAUGCAGAAAUGAUCUGGACAUCCAACUAUCAACAGGAUGUCAGCUGAUAUUUGAAGGAGAACAGGUUGGUGUUGAAGUUAUAUUGAAGAUCCUGGCAGUCAUAAUGCUUGUCAGCACAUUGGUCAUCUUUGAGUGUUGGUUUAGAUCAAGAUGCUCCACAGAACCAGUGAAGGACACAGGAGAAGCAGUUUAUGUCAACAGUGCAGUUGAGUUACAUCCAUCAUGAGCCAGAAGGAGAUGAAGAAGAUGUUAUGUUCAACAUGCUGUAUUGUCGAUGCUGCAUUUAUUAGUCUUAGUGUGCGACUUGCAAUAAAGUGUAGAUUUUCUCUAAAUACUCAAUGGUAUUAAUUCUUAAAGGCUUGAAUUAUAUUUUUGUAUUUUUUCUGCUCUCUCUUUGUUAAAAUCAACAUAAAAAGUAAAAGCAUCUUCUUUAACGGAACACGCCGACUUAUUGGGACUUUAGUUUAUUCACUGUAGGGUUGAACUGAAUCACAGCACCGACUUUUUUCUUUUGUUCUUAAGAUACCAAAAAGAUGCUUAGACCAUGUGUCAUUUUCAUUGCUUAACUGGUGUUUCCACUGUAUGCAUUUAAAGUGUGUUAAUGAAAUAAAAAUGGUUUGAAAAAGA